CUCUUUCCUUCGUUUGUUAUUGAUGCGUUUCAACUUCCCAAGCAACUGCCACCCUCUGCUACGCCGCCAUUGCUCCGCCCCCAAAAACACUGGGAAACAGACCGGGUUUUCGAGUGAUCUCUGUAUAUUUUACGUGUUUUACGGAAGGAUUCCGCUCGCCAACGGUUCCAAAACAUUCGCUCCCUCUUCCGGACGCGCAAUGACAAUUUAUUUCUCCAGGUUCGAAUCCUUCACGAACAAAUGUGCAUGUAUCAACAGGGGCACAAUCAGGCUGCCAUUUAACUAGCUUCUUAAGGACGAGUCCUCUCUCUAUUCAUGUCAUCCCAUCUUUUUCUCUCUAUAAUCACUUGAAUCCACUUGAAUCCACAAGUUGAGAAGGCUACCAAAAAUGUAUCCACGCUUCUCGUUAAUCACUUUGCUUGCGGCAACAACCGUCUCGGUUGCAAUCGCCGACCCUGCUCCGGCCCCAGCCGGCCUCGCGCCGGUGGUGGCCCCGGGCCCGGCACUCGAUGCCCGGCAAAACCCACCACCACCGCCGCCACCACCGCCGCCACCACCACCGCCGGAACCAACACUCCCAAAUCCAAACCCACCACCACCGCCACCACCACCCAACCCAUCAGCGCCAAAUCCAUCAGCGCCAAAUCCAUCGGCGCCGAAUCCAUCACCGCCAAAUCCAUCACCGCCAAACCCAUCACCGCCAAACCCAACCAACCCACCAAUGCCAACCCUAGUACCCCAGCCGAAACCCCCCAUCUCACUGUACUCCCUCCCAACAAGCUGCAGCACCUCCCUCUCCUCUAUCAUCUCCGCCCUGCCCACCCCGGCCACGACAGAGCACGCCGACCUGCCCGAAUGGGCCUCCUCAUCAGCGCCCAUCCAACAAGUCGUAUCAGUGAUCACCAACAACUACGCGUACCGCGACCUCGGCCGCGACGCCACCGACUGGUGCGGCGCCGCCGCCGAGGUCGUCACCGCGCCGGCCUCGCUGUCCGCCGCCUACUCCCAGUACCUCGACCAGGUCCAGAGCUGGCGCUACGACUGGGAGGGCCGCGCCUACGAGCUGGCCGCCAAGUGCGGCUACCAGGUCGGUUUGGGGGCCGAGAUGCUCAUGGCGACUGAGAUGGCCAUGUGCACGAGCGGCUUGGCUGCGAGUGUCACGCCUUUUGCGACGGCGGGCGUUGGCGGUGAGGGGGGUGGUGAUGGUGACGGGGAGAAUGCUGCUGGGAGGGUGGCGGGUGCUGGGAGGAUGGUGGUUGCGGGUGCUGUGGUUGUGGGCGAUUUUGCACCUUGGACAUCGAUAAUGUGCGCUGCGUCGCACGACUGGAGCGAAGCGCACGAGUCAGCCCAGCGGAUAGUGCCACCUUGGUACCAAGACUGCCGUUCCUUGACCGGUGUUGAGACAGUCGACUCCUACGCUUGGCCGGUCACCGUUCAUGGUCUAUACUCCGACCUCGAUGUGGUUUACAGGGCAAAAGAACUCGGGACCAAGGCGGGCACGCGAGAGGAAGAGCAGGCCGCUCCCCAUGCUCCGAUACACCCCGUUUUCUUCACGUAAACCAACAACUAGACCAUAACAAC